AUCUCCCAGUUUCACUUCUGAAUGUGCAGGAACAUGCGGUGGCUCCUUUUCCCCACCAUCUUCAUCAUCCCUUGUACGCAGCAGUUUUUCCGCAGCCCACCAGUGAAGCCUGGAGAGAAACCUUCAGAAAGCAGUGAAACCCACCAGCGCAAGGAGGUUUGUCACUGGCCAUGCAGAUGCCCACCAGUGCCUACCUGCACCCCUGGAAUAAGCUUGGUGAAGGAUGGUUGUGGCUGCUGUAAGAUCUGUGCCAAGCAGUCAGGAGAGACCUGCAAUGAAGCAGAUGUCUGUGAUCCCCACAAAGGCCUCUACUGCAACUACUCGGAAGAUGAGCCUAGGUAUGAAACAGGCGUGUGUGCAUAUCUGAUAGCUGUGGGAUGUGAGCUCAAUGGAGUUUAUUAUCUUAACGGCCAGACCUUCCAACCUAACCCACUUUAUAAGUGCCUGUGCAUCAGUGGUGCAAUUGGAUGUACACCUGUAUUCAUACCAAGAUUAGCAGCAAGUCCCUGCGGCAGGGUCACGGGCAGAAAGAAGCCCGGACAACCCAUCUGUGGCCCAGGACAGCACAAGCAGCUUCAAGCAACAAACUACAGACUGAUGUCAGGUGUGCCUGGCUACACUGCUUACAGAAGCUUACCAUUAGUGUUGAAGAAAAAGUGCCUGGUGCAGGCAACUCCCUGGACACCGUGUUCCAGGACCUGCGGCAUAGGCAUAUCCAGCAGAGUGACCAACGAAAACAGCAAGUGUGAAAUGAAAAAAGAGAAAAGGUUAUGCUUCAUCCAGCCUUGUCUGACCAAUACAUUGAAGACAAUAAAGAUUCCAAAAGGAAAAACAUGUCAACCGACAUUCCAGCUUCCUACAGCAGAGAAAUUAGUUUUCUCUGGAUGCUCAACUACUCAAAGCUACAAACUAACUUUCUGUGGGGUGUGCUUGGAUAAGCGGUGCUGCAUACCUAAUAAGUCCAAAAUGAUCACUAUGCAGUUCGAGUGUCCCAAUGAAGGCUUCUUUAGGUGGAAGAUGAUGUGGAUAAUAUCAUGCGUAUGUCAGAGGAUUUGCAGUGCUCCAGGAGAUAUAUUUUCUGAACUCAAACUUGUAUGACAAGAUACACCAUUGACCGUAACCCACUGGGAGUGCAACAGCACAUUCACACCCAGAAGAGUUCGUAUAAUCCAGUGCCACACCAAUGCUCACAGUGAAACUGCAUAUGGGAAUAUGGGAAUUCAUUAAAUAUCAUCUCUAGCACCUAAAUAAAUGCAAGAGUGCAUCUUUUUAAAUGGAAUUGGUUUUGUAUGUAGAAAUACGUUCUUGAGAAGGACGUAUGUAACACUAGUACUACCAAAACAAGAACUUUUGGUAAUUACAAAAGGCACAGCAAGACAGCUUCAUACCCCACUACAAGAAGUUGUUGCCCACAAAGACAAAUACAUGUAAAUUCAUAGAUGCUCUGACCUAUUAGAUAAAAAACCCACUACCCUGUAAUAUUUCAUCUAUCAUUCCUGAUUCUCAAAUUAACAUUUUCUACUGCAUAUCUGCAAUACUAAAAUACAUCAGUGCUGUCUGAAACAGGGGAAGUAAUUUUAAGCUCUGGUAAAGGAACAAGUAAGUGGGCAUCUGCAGAUAACAGAUACAACAUUUCAAGGAAAUGACUGCUUUUAGGAUGUUUUCUUAAAAGAAAAUGCUCUCAACAAAUGUUAUCACAAUAUUUUAUUGAAUACUUCUGGACUUACACAUUGAAAAUUGUGCUUAUUUAUACACCUCCUUCAACUCUCCUAGAAGGACUUCAAGCUUUAAGAAAUCACUGUAUUGAUCUAGUCUGACUUAGAACAGUUCACUAGU